AUACAGGCCCAUAAGAGUCUGGAAGCAUUACGAUUUUAGCCUAAACCCUAAAUCUUUUCUUCUUCCUCGCAUCUUUAAAAACGAGUUUGUUUUUCAGUGUAAACCUCGCCUCUCGCCUCUCAUGGCACCGACGAAGAAGGGCGAAGCAGCUCGAGAAACAAAGAGGAAGAGAGGCUCUGUGAAUUCUCAGAAACCGGAACCAGCAGUGAAGGAAGUGAAACCUGUAGAAAAGGAAGUGAAGAGCUUGAAAGAGGAAGACCUGCUACUGGAUUCCGGAACCGAUUCCGAUUACGACGGAGAUAGUUUGUCCGGGUCUUUGAAUUCCGAUGAUUUCGACUCCGAUAUUUUCGAUUCCGAGGAUGAUGGUUCACAGAGAGAUACAGAAGAUGGAGAGAGAGAAUCAUUAGGGGACAAGGACCAUGGUCAUGAGGGAUCAGUUGGUAACGAUGAUAAUGGUGAUGAAAGUGAACAAGUCGAUAGUGAAGAUGGUAUGGAAGAUGGGAGUGACGAAGGUUCCGAGCAAGGUGAAGUUGCCGAAGAGAGCGAUUCUUCAGAAGAUGAGGUUGCUCCAAGAAAUACAGUUGGGAAUGUUCCCUUGAAGUGGUAUGAGAAUGAGAAGCAUAUUGGUUAUGACAUCAAUGGGAUGAAGAUUACCAAGAAAGAACUGCGAGACAAGCUUGACUCUUUUCUUGCAAGUAUGGAUGACAAGAAGAACUGGCGCCAAAUUCUUGAUGAAUAUAAUGACGAGGAAGUAGAGGUGACUAAAGAGGAGCAAAUGCUCAUUCGUAGACUACUGAAAGGGGAAGCGCCACAUGCUGACUUUGAUCCGUAUCCGACUUAUGUUGAUUGGUUCAAAUGGGAUGAUGCAAUACAUCCACUCUCGAGUGCACCAGAACCCAAGCGAAGGUUCCUCCCUUCAAAAUGGGAGGCUAAAAUAGUUCUUAAGUACGUUAGAGCAAUCCGGAAGGGGUUGAUCAAGUUUGAUAAGCCUGAAGAAGAGCCCAAAGUAUACGAUUUAUGGGGUGAUUCUACUUCAGAUCAGAAGAACAAGCACUUAACUUAUAUUCCUCCACCCAAACUAAAGAUGCCAGGACACGAGGAAUCAUACAAUCCUUCUUUGGAAUACAUUCCAACAGAGGAAGAGAAAGCCUCAUAUGAAUUGAUGUAUGAGGAAGAUCGUCCAAAGUUCAUUCCUAAAAGGUUUACAUCUCUGAGAAGCAUCCCGGCAUAUGGGAAUGCACUAAACGAGCUUUUUGACCGUUGUUUGGAUCUAUACCUCUGUCCUAGAGUUCGAAAGAAGAGAAUAAAUAUCGAUCCUGAAUCGUUGAAGCCUAAGCUACCUAGUAGGAAAGAUCUUAGACCUUAUCCAAACUCGUGUUAUCUUGAAUAUAAAGGCCACACAGGAAAAGUUACUACCAUAUCCACUGAAUGUUCUGGCCAGUGGAUAGCCUCAGGUUCGACUGAUGGAUCUGUUCGUAUAUGGGAAGUGGAAACUGGUAGAUGUGUUAAGACCUGGCAGUUUGAUGAAGCUGUUAAGCGUGUGGCUUGGAAUCCUCAUUCCGACUUUUCAAUUUUAGCCGUUGCCAUGGGACGAGAUUUGGUUAUCCUCAACACUGAACUUGGCACUGAUGAGCAACAGGAAAAUAUUAAAGAGCUGCUUCAGUUAGGAAACGUUCCAGAACCAAAAGCAUCUGUUGCAGCAAUCGCAAGCUGGCUUCCAGAUGAGAAAAAUGGAGGGAUCAUUAUUAGACAUUUUAAGAACAUAUCGAGUAUAGACUGGCAUCGCAAGGGAGACUAUCUGUCGACAGUCAUGGCAUCUGGCGAAACGCGAGGUGUUGUAAUUCAUCAAAUCUCGAAGAAGCUUACGCAAAAGCCAUUCAAGAUCCGCGGACUUCCGGUGACUGCACUUUUUCAUCCCAGCCGUUCAUACUUCUUCAUCGCGACAAGAAAGAACGUGCGUGUUUACAAUCUGUUAAAGGUAGAGGAGCCCGUCAAGAAGCUCGAGACUGGGAUGAGGGAAAUCUCAUCAAUGGCUAUUCAUCCCGGUGGUGAUAACCUGAUAGUAGGAAGCAAAGAAGGGAAGAUGUGUUGGUUUGACAUGGAUCUGUCUUCGAAGCCGUACAAGACUCUGAAGAAUCAUCCCAAGGACAUCACGAAUGUGGCAUAUCACCGUUCGUAUCCGUUGUUUGCUUCGUCCUCGGAGGACUCAACGGCUUAUGUGUUCCAUGGAAAGGUGUAUAACGAUCUGAACGAGAAUCCUCUGAUUGUGCCGUUGGAGAUUCUUAGAGGCCAUUCUACUUCUUCAAAUGGGGGAGGAGUCUUGGACUGCAAGUUUCAUCCGAGACAACCAUGGCUAUUCACUGCAGGAGCUGACUCAAUUAUCAAACUCUAUUGCCACUAAAUUUACAAACCCUCUUUUUGACAUUUUGCAAGUUGUUUCACAUUGUUUUACUUUUUUUGGGUGUAAGUGGUAAACUGCUAAAUCUGACUUAAUAUAAAUUUUGCCAAAUUAUUUGUGUGUUUUCUCCAAAAUGUGAUCAAAUAACUAAAAGUUUAAAUGGUAUCAAGGGUUGAAUUGAUUAAUGAAAUAUGUUUUAAACA